UGCAAUAUGUUUUAUAGAUCACAUUAGCUACUUGAAGUAAUGCAACUGAGACUGCGUUUGUUUCCAAUGCAAACGCAAAUAUGUAUCCUGCAUAUUUGCCUUCAUCUUGGUUCAUGAAUGCAAAGUUGGUUCACAGCUUAGUCCGUUUUUUGUACUCUUCUCGUUUGUUUGGAGUUGAGGUAAAUGUGCGUACAAAUUUGCUGACAUUUGGUUGACAUCGAUGCAAUCUAUGAGAGCAAACACAAAUGCUCUAACUACCUACUCUCCACUAUGUUGAACUUUCGGUCAAAUAACCAUCAGACCAGCUUUGAUGAAAUCUGAACCUUCCAUUCUAACCAAGAUCACAUCAUAAGAGGAUCGUGUGCUCCUUUUCGGAACUCCUCUUCUCUCUUUCUUCUUCUUAUUCUUCUUCCUUCCUCUUUGAUCAAUCAAUCCGGUGCACUCUCUCUCUCUCUCUUUGAAUGUUAAAUAAAUGGAAGCUAGGAGCCUGGGACUCUAGUGUUAUUCCAGCCUAGGACCCGCAAAACACUGCAUUUCUUUCUUCAAUGACUCGAUCUGGCUUACAUUUAAUCGGUGCCUACCGUUUUCAUUGUUGUUGCUGAUGGCGUUUGAUCAAAGCUCCACCCAGAAAGGCCUCCGACAGUUAGAUGUUGCUCGGAUGGUCACCGAAGAGACACGUGAUGCCGUUGGUUUGGCGACAGGGAGGAACACCGGGGGAUUUCUCCCUAAUUCGGCUCGUGAUGUUGGCAGUCCUAGGUCUAGACAACCAUUGUAUUAUGCAGCGACAGUUCCCGAUAUUGGGUAUGUGGGGUUAGGGUUUGCGAAUCCGAUGAUGGCUUGGUGUUCUCGUCCGCUUGUGCUGAUUGGCAUCGCUGGUGGUGUGCCUGUUGGGUAUACUGAAUUUCCAAAUGUUGGAAACCGGGUUGGAGGUAAUGGGGCCAAUCGGGCGAGCAAUGAGGGUGGUGAAGAAUCGGUGUCGAGGAAGAAAGUUAAGUUUUUAUGCAGUUUCGGAGGUAAGAUUUUGCCGAGACCAAGUGAUGGGAUGUUGAGAUAUGUCGGAGGUCAGACUGGGAUAAUUGGCAUGAAGAGAGAUAUAUGUUUUCAAGAACUAGUGCAGAAGAUGACCGACAUCUAUGGCCAAUCCGUGCAUAUCAAAACACAAGAGGAGAUGAACAUCUCACCCCCAUCUCCGACCAGCGACAACCAUGCCAUGGUCGGAGAUGGGGUGAGAAAGUUAUCGUUGGGGGGGCAGAAUGCAGCAGAUCUCCUCUCACUCGAACGGCUAUUUUCGUUCGGUCAAACAACAGCACAAACAUAUACCCUAUUUACAUCAUCAGUCAGCGAGAGCAAGUUUGCAUCUAAAAAAUCGAUGCAGUAAUGAACUCUGGAAACGACAUAAAGCUGUCAGAAAAAACAAUUUUACACUCUUAAUCGAUGCAGUUAUGUAUGCCAAACACACGCUCACAAACGUGAACCGGGGUACAUAAAUACCCCAGUUUG